AUCGACUGGGGUACCUCUCGUUAGCAUCUGUGAUUAACACUUGGGAUAGUUCCCUCGUCAGGAUCAUCUCCUAUAUACCAUUUUGUAGACAAAUAAUUAAAUGGUGAAUCUUUUGCAAAAAACAGCUGAAUUUUAUUCUAUGUAUUUUAUAUAGAUAACGUCAAUUUAUAGAGAGGAUCAAAACUUAGUAUCCACUCUUUAUGUACCAAUUAAUUUUAUUUUAUGAUUUUCUAUAUCAGCAUUUUUUUAACCAUUAUUGUAUAUGUUGUAUAUGACCAAAAUGUAUCUCUAUUUAGUUCAAAUAAUUUCAUCAUAAGUUAUCUCAUUUUUAAUUAUCUGUACAUUUUUUUGUUUCUUCUUGUUCCUAUAGAGCGAACAUAAUAUAGAAAAUUUAAGUGUACAAAUACUUGAUCAAUGGAAAACAUCAAAACAAUUUCAACAAAGUAGUCAAUUGCAAAACAAUAGUCGAGUAGGUGCUAAUAAUAGUAAUGGUGAUGAUAUAAUAAAUACGACAUUGAUUAAUGCAAUGAAUCAAAUAGAAACAACAACAAAAUCUCAAUAUCAACAAACAAAUAAUAAUUUGAAUACAGAUAAACACCGGCAUGCUUUAAUAGCAAAAUAUGGAGAAGUUUCUGAUGAAGAAUUUGAAUAA